UUAUGCCUGGGUAUAUAUUGCAGUGUCACUCCUGAGGACUCAAACACUCCUUUCUCCAGGGACAAGAUAGAAGGAACAGUUCACGUGUCUGUUCUGAGACUCUGCAUCAAGGGGAGCAAGAGCCCUUCACUGAAAUCCUGCCACCAUGCUGGGGCUGCUGCUGCUGCAGGUGUUGGCCAGUUGCCUCUGGCUGGGACACAGUGAGGUGGUGAAGUCUUUCAGAAGUUGUAAACAGUUUUUCUAUGAGGGGACCCCUCCAAAUGAUGCCCUGAAUCCAAAGAACCCAGCCUGGAUCUGUCAGCACUUCAGCCACUCGUAUCACUAUGCCACCCUGUACGACAAAGACAGGAGAAUUCCAGUGUACUCUGCUUACAAAUACCAGCCUGGAAAUGCCAAGACACCGGAUGCCCCAUGGUUUGUUGAGCCCCAGCUCAUAGGUAAAAAUAAUCUUAAAGAGAUGGAAAGACAGUCGGUCCUCAUAGAGCAACACAAGUUCACCUUAGACCAAAUCAAAGCGAGCCAGGCUGUCUAUGACGACUACGCACAACUGAAGGGUUUGAACCAUGGCCAUUUGAGUCCCUGUGACCAUCAAGAUAGUAAAGAAAACAAGACAGCUACCUUCACCUUCACCAACAUAGUGCCCCUGGACAGCAGUCUCAACAAGGGCCAGUGGAACACCUAUGAGUCUAAAACAAUGCCCAAAAUGACCAAGGACUGUAAAACCACCUACGUGAUCACGGGUGCUGUGCCUGGGAAACUCCACGUAUCCCAAGGGAGGGUGAACAGACCCAGCCACAUCUGGUCAGCUGCCUGCUGUCUGGGUGACGAAGAGCCCAAGGCUUGGGGGGCUAUUGCUGAGAACGACAAGAACAAGGUAGAGAACCUCAGCCUCGGGGAGCUGGAGGAGAGGUUGACUGAGCUCUACAGUGGAACAGUUACUCUGUUCAACAAUGCCUGUCCCCGGCAAUAAGGCUUGGUGGCUUUUCCCACAUGUCACAGAAUCACAGAAUGGGUUGUUAUUGAUGGGACCGUAAAGCCUUAAAGACCAUCUCAUUCUCACCUGCCUGCCAUGGGCAGGGACACCUUCCACUCCACCAGCUUGUUCCAAGCCCUCCCAAGCCUGGCCUUGAACCCUUCCACGGACGGAGCAGUCAGAACAGCUCUGGGUAAAUUUUACUCAUACCACAGCCUGCUCACUGUAAUUUAUGUCUUUAGAAUAUCCCAUCUAACCCUGCCCUCCAUCAGUGUGAAACCAUUCCCUCUUAUCCUGUUACUCCAUACCCUGGUCCAAAGACUCUGUCCAGCCCUCUUAGAGAUCCUUGAGCUACUGCACUCUCAGCAGUCUUCUCCAGGCUGAACAUCCCCAGCUCUCUCACCCUCUCUCCAGAGCAGACACGCUCCAGCCCUCGGAGCACCUUCAUGGCCUCCACUGGACUCCACUCCAACAGCUUUGUAUCCUUCAUGUGCUGUGGGCCCCAGAGCUGGAGGCAGCACUGCAGCUGGGGUCUGAGCAGAGCAGAGGAGAGGGGCACAAAUGUCCUGUGCAGAGUCUGUGCUGCUUCCUUCCUUCUCUGCUGUGUUUCCAGCUCUGUCCCUCAGGGCACCUCCUCCUCUCUUCAAAGGCACAGAGAUGUGGGCAGAGCCUCCAGCUGCUUUGCUUUGCUGCCCAUCUCAGGAGAGA